AUGGAUCCCAGGUCCACGGUAUCUAAGAACUACACGCUUAAGAUCAAGAACCGCCUCAAUGCCCAAGCUGAUCAUCUCCCAUUCUCGGCGCGCACCACGAACCCAGAGGCGUGGCGUCUGGUUGUCGAAAAGGGCCUUGGGCGUUUAAAAUGGAAAUAUCUGACUUCACAGAAUGAACGAGAUUCGCACCCACAGGAUAUUGUUUCGCGAUUCUUUCUAGGACUUCCUCUGUCCAUUCCCGAUUUCGAGGCAGCAGAGCGCCCAUCGCAAUCCAUAUCCAAUGGCCUCCGAUUUCAUAGCCGUCUCCAAGUCGCUGGACGUGGCUGCUGGGCGGCUGACAUGAAAUGCAUUCUGUUUGUAACGCCAAUGCUGAUCAUGUCGUGGUACAUCACCGGCGCAGAGAUUGAAGAGGCUUACGCGAUUGAGCUGGUCAAUUUUUUUUUUGAAAUCCAGGACCCGAUAGACGGCGGAUUUCCCACAUACAUAGGAGGGAAGACCACGAUCAUGGGCACCAUGUUGAUCUAUAUUGCCCUUCGUCUUAUGGGAAUGCCCUCUGACGACGAGCAUCUCGUCAAGGCAAGAGCAUGCUUCUUGAAAAUGGGUGGCGCGACGUAUCUCCCGAGCUGGGCCAAGUUCUGGCUGGCUCUUCUCGGCUUGUAUGGCUGGGAAGGCACCGACCCUUAUCCCGUCGAACUCUGGCUCCUCCCGGAGUGGACCCCGAUCAGCCCCUGGAGAUGGUUCAAUAUUGUACGCCAAGUCUAUUUGCCAAUGUGCUACCUCUCCAGUAAAAGGUUCACCAUUCCAUCGAACCCUCUGCUAGAUAAGAUUAGAGAUGAGAUAUUUACGCAGCCAUAUUCGUCUCUGGACUUUGCCUCUCUGCGGGGAUCCGUCCUCGAGUGUGAGCGUCACCAGCCGCAGGGCCGCAUCCUGCGCACGAUCAAUUGGGCAUUGUCCAAUGUGUGGAAUCCAUGGUUACGGCCCAAGAUUCUGGCGGAAAGUGCCGAGAAAAGAGCGUUGGAAGUUAUUAAAGCGUCCGAUAAAACGUUUAACGGCACUGGAUUGAUCAGUGUGGAUUGUUUCUUGAAUAUGAUUGUCUUCUAUCACGACGAAGGGCCCAACUCCAAGAGGUUGAAACAAAAUCAAAACACAAGUCUUGAAUAUCUUUGGAACAGCCCGCAAGGGCUGCAAUCCCAGAGCAUCCAUGGCGGGCACGUCUGGGAGACUUCUUUUGCCCUACAAACUUUUGCAAUGUCCGGAUUGGCAGACCAUCCUGACCUGAGAUGCUGCGUCGAAGAUGCCUACAAAUUCCUGCUUGAGCAGCAGCUGGUUGCAGACUGGCCGGACUCACCUCCAUGCCAUCGUCCCAGUCGCUUGGGUGCGUGGCCAUUCAGCACGAAAUAUCAUGGAACGGCGUGUUCCGACUGUACCGGGGAAGCAUUAAAAGCAAUUCUGCUGGUGGAAAGCCAGACAAACAUUCCUCGGCGUAGCAUUGAGAGAAACAUCCGGCUAGGCGUCGAUAACCUGCUCAUGAUCCAAAACGCAAGUGGAGGGUAUAGCUCUUUCGAGCCCAUUCGCAACGGUCCUUUCAUGGAAUGCCUAAAUGGAACCGAGCUUUUUGCAAACGUGAUGACGGAGUAUGAUUUCACGGAAUGCACGUCGUCUUGCAUCACUGCACUGAGUCUGUUCAAGAAGCGCAAUAGCAGCUACCGAGCAGAGGAGGUGGUCCGCGCCAUUGACCGUGGUGUUAACUUUAUCCACCACACCCAGGGUGCAGAUGGAGGUUGGCUGGCGUCUUGGGGAAUUGCUUACACCUACGGUGCCUUUUUUGCCAUGGAGGCUCUUCACUGUGUCGGGGAGACUUACGAAAACCAUCCGGUUGUCCAGAAGGGGUGCGACUUUCUCCUUGACAAGCAAAAAGAGGAUGGCGGAUGGGGGGAAACCAUUGAGUCCAUUCACAAGCAAAGUUAUGCCCAGGCAGAAGUUUCCCAUGUGGUUCAGACCGCAUGGUGCUGUAUGGCACUGCUAUACGCCAAAUAUCCCCAUCCCGAGCCAAUCAAGAGAGGAAUCCAGCUGAUCAUGAGCCGACAAAAGCCAAGUGGUGAAUGGGAACAGGAAGAAGGGGUGGGAGCAGGGAUCUUCACCUGUCAACUCUACUAUCUCAACUACAUCUACUCGUUUCCAAUCAGGGCCAUUGCCCUGUACAAGGAGAGAUAUGGUGACGACAAGCUGCUUUGA